AUGGCGCAACAAACCAUUAGUCCAAAGUCUCCUCGUUCAAUAAAUAGUAAAAAAGUUUUCUUUGCCUUUUCCCCAGGUGAAUCCUCAUUCCAACGAGGCUAUUUAGGCGCUCAUCCGGAUGUUUUUUUGACUGGUGUUUUACACAUUCGUUAUACAAACAAGAAACCUAUAUUUGCCAAAAAAGUUGAAGUUUCAUUUGUUGGUAAAGAGAGCGUUUUCUUUAUAGGCACCUUAGAAGAAGGCCAAAAAAUCAAAGAGGACGAUGAUGACUUUUCUGAUGACGAAGUUUCAACCGAAACUUUAUCCACUCAUACUGCAAAACGGACGAUCUUUAGUUCCUCUAUUUGUUUAUGGAGGUCUCAAAGUAAAGGUUCUUAUGAAAGCGUAACGGGAUUAGACUUACCAUUUCGUUUUAAACUUCCUGAAAACCUUCCACCUUCUUUAUAUAUGGACAAAGGUUGUGGAAGAAUAUACUACAUGCUUAAAGCAACAAUAUCACGUCGACCUAUAGAUCCUGAUUCUCGAAAUUAUGAAAAAAAGAUAAAGAUUUUUUGUCCUAUUGUUCGUUACACUGUCACACCACCACAAAUCCCUUCCCGUUGGCUCGUCAAACAAGAAGGUCCAGCUUUACCUCAUGCAGUUGACUAUGAUGUUUCUUUAAGUCACUCAACUUUCGGUUCAGGUUCAUCUAUUGUUGUGCCAAUAAAAUUGAAAUUCCAUGAACCUCAGAUUUAUCUUAAAAAUAUAUUCAUUGGUAUAAAAGAAUACCACGAAUUACGAACAAACAGAUAUGAGACGAUAACGAAAAGAUAUAUUGUCGAAGAGACUGUUAAUGCUGAAAGCAUUCCCACUUCCGGUUCAGAUAAUGAAUAUUCUUUGAACGUCAAACUCUCAAUACCUUCCACCCGAAAUCUCGUCUACAGUGUAGAUUCAACUUACAUUACUGUCUCUCAUAAAAUUAAGGUGAAAUUUCAUCUUGGAAAAACACCUAAUAUUAAUUUAUCUAAAUUUAUCAACAUACAAAAUGUGGUCAGUAGAAAAGAAUACUCACGAGAAUCUCUAAAAGUUGAAACGCCUGCUAUUAUUCAACAAAAAUUACCAUUUAAAGAGGAUAAUAUAAAGAGAGGGAGUUAUAAUAUAUCGAAACGGUUGUCACCGUUCCUUCCAAUGUUCAGUAAGAUCCAUAUUAUUGAUAAAAAGAAUCAAAAACAAAUUUCAAUGCAACUUCUUCAUCUCACUGAUUCUGAAACUAAUUCCGUAUACAAUUCAAGAUCACUUAUUUCUAAAUAA